UUUGGCGCCACCAUGACAUUGUGCGACACUCGAUCAAGUCUCGCGCCAAGUACAGGACACCAGCCGUACAGGGCUUAACGCUACCCACACUACACAAUGCGAAUCUCUUCCAUAUACGUAUUCACACACAUCAUUCUAUUCCGGAAAGAGCCCACAAUAUGGCGCAGCCAAUCACUAAGAAGCCCCACCGUUGGCCGGACUCUUACUAGAGAAACUCUAGUAAAACGCGCGCUGCUCCUCCCGCCGAAUAGUGUGAAACGCAGGCACUAGUAAGAGGCCAGAUACGUUGCCUUCUUUACGAUAGAGCGUCUGUGUGUGUGUAUCUCGUUAUUCCUGCUGCGCCCUCCUACGUAGCCAGGAUGGCUCUCAAGGACUUCAAAAUUCUAUUCGAUAACCCGUGGAGUACGUACUACAGCGGACAAACCGUUACAGGCCGAAUCCUUCUACUGUUAGAUAGACCGAAGAAGCUUCGAGGUAUCAAUGUAAAAGCAAAGGGAGUGGCCAACACCUGUUGGUCGUCGGAUAAACAAGAGUUGAAUAACGAAGGAAGAUACGAGAACGAGACUCAAACCGUCACCGGACACGAAGAAUACUUCAACAUCCAAUACUACGUUCUCGGCUCGUUCGCCGGAUCGGAAAUUGAAUUACCUGCGGGCGAGCAUAAGUAUCAGUUUUCCGUGACCUUACCACCAGAUUUACCGAGCAGUUUCGAGUCAGAUUUUGGUCAUGUUCGAUACACGGUAAAAGCUAUUCUAGACCGGCCUUGGAAAUUCGAUCAGGAAACAAAGGUCGCUUUUACAGUGGUUUCGUCCUUCGAUCUUAAUCAGGAACCCAAAGCCUCGGAGCCGAUACAGGAGGAAAUGAGUAAAACAUUCUGCUGCCUCUGUUGUGGUUCACAACCUCUGACAGUCAAGGUAUCGAUCCCGAUACGGGGCUAUGUUCCUGGCCAACGGAUUCCCAUAAGGGUUAACCUGGAGAAUCAUUCGAACGUCGUCGUCGACACGAUGAAAUUCAUUCUAUUGAAAAUGGUGACCUUUCACGCUGAUACACCGCGCACCGAGUCCAAGUCCGAGGAGCUUGUGGUCGUCGAAAUUGCUAAAGGUCCCGUAAGAGCUGGCGACAAUGCGAUGUACGAGCAGGAAUUGGAGGUCCCACCGCUUCCACCAUCAAAUCUCUCCAAUUGUCGUAUAAUAGACCUCGAGUACAAUUUGAAAAUGGAAGCCUGCGUUUCCGGCUGGUAUCACCGCAAUCUUAAAAAAAAUAUUUUAGUAUUCAUCGGCACGGUACCUUUGCUGAAUUAUCAAGGAAGUACCGUCGGCUAUCCGUCAAUUUCACCGUCUGCCCCAAAAGCACCCUCUUCAAGUGAGGCACACAUAUUGCCUCCCCUCCAACCGAUGGCCCAUCUGUAUCCGAGUUUGCCUCCACCAAGCUAUGAAGAUUCGGUGUACAGCGUGAAAAGUCUUCGUGAACGUGACGAGUCAGAGUAUAUCUUUGGUCUGAGAAGUCAUUUCGCUCCAAAGUAUCCGGUGUAUACAUUUACUCCUCAACAAUAAUACCGAUCUUAAUGCUUCUU